AAGCCCAAAUUCAGCCAAGCUAAGACUUUCACUACCAAGCAUUGACUCGCCAAGCUUCAAAAUAACCACAAAUACUUGCUCGAGCCAUCGUGGAUCUAUUUAUUUUUAUUCUUAUGUAUACAAAUGGUUCCGCCAAGAAGGAAAGCUCGGCAUAUCAUCCAUGCCCACUAGCUUAUGACGUAGUAACUUACCAUCUUCCAUUGCACCUUCCUUCAACUUGACAGUAACCUUUGACUACCUGCCUUAAUUCUUGUCGUUCUUCUCCUUGUUCCAUAAUUCUCUUGGUCUUUUCAACUUCUCCGUGAAACUGAUCAACUAAGCUUUUUCUCUUGCAUCUCCAAGACUCUUCACGAUCGCCGGUUCCUUGCCAAUUGUAUAUCACCAAUCUGUCACUACCUUACUCCGUUCUGUUCUAAGCUUACCCGCGACCCGCCAUGUCUGGAAGAGACGACGCGGAGGAGCACCGUCGCUAUACAGCUCCAUAUAGCGCCAGACAUCCUAUUCCAACCAUCUCCAAAUAUCGAGAAGAGAGAGCUGCACGUCAAGAUGCCGCAGUUGGAAAACCUGACCCGUCAGAGGCUGCGGGUUCAAAUGAUUAUCAAUUCCAGCAAAAGUCUAGAGAAGAUGCCGGGCCCCACCUAGAGUCAAUCGAGGAUGACAAGGACGAUAAUAAUAAAAAGGACGAUAAUGAAGAGAAAGGCAACGGAGAAGAAAUGACAGACACUUCACAAGUCGGUCCCCAAUCAUCAGAUCCCAAACAACGGAGGAAAGAAAUCAAGAAGAGCAAGCGAGAAAGAGCCGAGCGAGAAGUUACGGACCCCGUCACACAUCUUCCUGUCACUAUACAUGAUUUCACAGAUGAAGCUCUUAAAGAGAUAGACACUAAUGAACCCCCCUUCGGCACAACACAACGCACAGCUACAGGGUCAGAAAACAAGAACAAGACAGAUGAGCAGCUUCGCGAUGAACAUCGGGACAUUCAGCAAAGUCACGAUGCCAUGGGCGACUUGUUUCCCCCGCCCGAUUUCGAUGCUCUGCGCCUUGAGCUUUCAUCCAUCAGCAAGCGUGGUGUCACAUUCGGGCUCGCUGGUGUGGCUACUAUCGUGGCCAGUGCAUUUGGCAUUGAAAGGCUCGUUCGAGAGGGUAUUCUCCAAGAAGGGAAAACAAAAUCCUCUUUACUCGUUGGCGCUUCGCUCUGGUUAAUUCUAACCGCAGCCACUGUUGGAGCUGUAUGGCUUCUUGUGGUAUCCGUCCGAGAAUGGAUGUCUAAGAAAGUCAACAACAUUUUUGAAGAUGAGGUCUGGGAUGCUCAUCGACGAGGCGUUGUAAAGGCGUCCAAGAAGAACGAUACUGAGACCACAGUCUGGCUCAACUCUCUGAUCGGUUCUGUUUGGCCUCUGAUCAACCCCGAUCUAUUUGCCAGUCUUGCAGACACCCUGGAAGAUGUUAUGCAAGCUUCGCUUCCCAGGUUGAUUCGAAUGGUCAGUGUGGAGGAUAUAGGCCAGGGAAGCGAGUCUCUGCGUAUUCUUGGUAUAAGAUGGCUGCCUACUGGAGCCGCAGCUAGGGCAGUCGAUGAAGAAGGACAGCUCAUGACCAGGGAACAAAGUGAGAAUGACACUGAGGAGAAGGACGGCGAGAAUAGCGACAGCAGUGCCACGAUCCAGGACGGAAUGGAGGCCGAGGAAGGAGACUUUAUCAACCUCGAAGUUGCAUUUGCCUACCGCACUCGAUCUUCAUCCAAGUCUCUCAAGGAGAGAACCAAAGAUAUGCAUCUAUACCUCGCAUUUUACCUACCUGGAAACCUCAAAAUUCCUGUCUGGGUCGAUCUCCAAGGUAUGAUUGGUACCAUGCGCAUGCGCCUUCAGCUUACUCCUGAUCCUCCCUUCUUCUCUCUUUGCACGCUCACCUUCCUCGGACAGCCAAAGGUUAACCUGAGCUGUGUGCCCUUGAGCAAGCAUGCUAUCAAUAUCAUGGACGUGCCAUUCAUCAGCAACUUCGUUCAGUCCGCCGUUGAUGCUGCCAUGGCUGAGUACGUUGCCCCCAAGAGCCUUACCCUGGACUUGAAGGACAUGCUUGCUGGUGAUGAUUUCAAGAAGGAUACCAACGCUGUUGGUGUUCUGGUCGUCAACAUCAAGCGCGGCUACGACUUCAAGAUGGGUGACUCUGGUAUUCCACUUAUCAAAGAAGGAAGCUCAGACGGGUACGUCUCGGUCGGCUGGGCCAAGUUUGGUAAGGUGAUGUGGACGACACGAGUACUGGAGAACGAGAUGGAGCCUGUCUGGGACGAGACUUGUUUUGUUCUCGUGACACCACAGGAACUCAAUAUCGAUGAACGACUUCGUGUUCAGCUGUGGGAUUCCGAUAGAUUGACGGCGGACGACGACCUCGGACGAAUUGAAGUUCCUAUCAAGCAGCUGAUGAAGGAUGAUAAGUCUAAUGGUAGAAUGUCACAUCGAGAAGAUGGCUUCAGGGCUUUGAAAUCAGGUGAUGGCAUGCCCGGCAAGCUGGAGUGGAGCGUUGGAUACUUCUCCAAGACCAGGAUCCAGCAAUGCCAGUUUGAGAAGCAGACUCAUGACCCUGAAAUACGUACUAUGGAUCAGCUUAAGGAGAAGGUCAGAGAGUCAAGUGAGCGCAAGCUUCGCGAGACCAUGUUCAAGGAAGGCAAGGAGCGAGACGCUAGCGAGCUUGAGCAACAGACAGCUCAAGAGCUCAAGGCUGAGCAAGAUGCCAUGAUCAUUUCUGCACCUCCACCUGACGGUUACCCUAGUGGUCUAUUCAGCAUCCAAGUGCAUAACAUCACUGGUCUUGAGCUGGAGCGACUCAACAAGCGCAAGUCCGAAAACGACGCUGAGGCGACCGACGAAGAGGACUCGGGUGAUGGUCUGCCAAGUGCAUACUGUACUAUCAUCCUCAAUCACCGAAAGACGUUUAAGACAAGGACAAAACCUCAGAACUCUAAGCCGUUCUAUAACGCUGGCUGCGAGAGAUUCAUCCGCGAUUGGCGUGAAGCAGAAGUUUUUGUCACGGUCCGUGAUGCUCGAUUGAAGGAGGAUGACCCCUUGCUAGGUAUCAUCCACUUGCCUCUUGGAGAAGUGUUCCGUGAACGUUCCCAAGUCAUGGGAUUUUGGCCCCUGACAGGAGGCAUUGGCUAUGGGCGCGUCCGUAUCUCAAUGGUCUUCCGAAGUGUUCAACUCCAAGCACCACGAAAUCUCCUAGGAUGGCAGUACGGCACAAUCGAGGUUCAGCCCACUGUCACCGUAGUAGACUGUCCCAAGGAACUUCGCUCAUCGAAGCUCAAGUUCCGGACCAGUAUCAGUACUGCAAAGAUGUAUACUGAGGAUGGUGACGAUCAAGGAACAGUGACUUGGAAAUCGAAACGAGGUAGAUCGCUUGCUCUGGCGGUUGCUAAGAGAUAUAGCAGUUGUAUGUCAAUCGCUUUCCGGGAGAAGGGAUUCUUUGGAGAUGAUACAGCUGCAUUUGCUGUCCUUUGGCUUAAAGAUAUUGCCGACGAAGAAGAGACAGAGUUGGAAUUGCCCAUUUGGAAAGGCGAUUUCCAGCGUGCUACAGCUUGCUGUUUAGAGGAGUGCGGUGAACGUUUGGGCACUAUCAAACUCAAGCUCACAUUCUGGUCCGGUUUGGGAAGUGCCCAUUCUCGAUGGGCGAGUCGAGACGAACACCUUCAGAAUGUUGUUGAGGUGAUCGAAACUGCUCGCGACAAUCUUGAAGUCGGCCACCAGGAAAGGGAAGCUGGUAUUGUUGAGUCUGAUGACUCUGAUGAAGAGGGCUCCGGCCAGCGUGCCCGCCGUGCAGGCUCUAUAGGCAGCAACUCGGACUCCAGUUCCAGCUCCUCAGAUACAGAAGACGAAAACGGUCAAGUUUCCAGUGUCCCAGAUGGGAGCGCCGAUCAAAAACAGGGUCCUAUAGACCAGCUCAGGGACUAUCGCCGUCGAGACAAACGCCUGCAUCGCCAGCACCGGGGUCUAAUGCAAUGGAAGAUCCCGCGAACUGCCAAGUGGAUCAAGAAUAAGAUGUAUCGAGUUGGGGACAAAGCCUCCGGUGUCUUUGACCACUCGUCUAAGCAGCCGGGAAUCGAGACCGAGGUCUAGAUCAAGCCAAGAUCUUGGAACGUGACAUCUCGAGAUGCCCGAGGCAUCGUAUUAGGCAUCAAUCGAUUGUAUGCGUUGUCAAUGCCGUGCAUAAAUCUCACGACUUUCACGAUAACCAUUAGACAGGAAUCUCUUUGGCAUUAUUAAAGUCUGAACAUAGCGAGCGAGGAGCGAUUGUAUGGGCCAUUUGGACUGAAU